AUGAAGCCCAUCAUCCACUAAAAACAAAAUAUAAAUACAGAGAAACACGUUUUAACAAAAAAAACAACAAAAACUUGUUUCAUUCAUUCCUAUAAGAAAAACGAACAACAAAACUUAGCACAAAAACUUUUCAUCAAUCAAAAAACAAAUUCAACCGCUUCCAUCACUGUGCCCUCACUCAAUUCAACUUCCCGGUAGUAACCGCCACCGGACUUCGGCGGACGUCAUCAUCGCCCGCCGCAAAAUCUCCGUCCAGAUAUUUCAGAUUUGAUGGACUCCAAUAAUUGGGGACCUAAUCAGGGUACUGAACCCCCUGGCGACACAGGUGAUUGGAGAACUCAACUGCAACCUGAUUCACGCCAAAGAAUUGUCAACAAAAUAAUGGACACACUAAGAAAACAUCUUCCUGUUUCUGGUUCUGAUGGAUUACAUGAACUUAGGAUGAUUGCUCAAAGGUUUGAAGAUAAGAUUUAUACUGCUGCGACAAGCCAGUCUGAUUAUCUACGGAAAAUAUCCAUGAAAAUGCUUACAAUGGAGAAUAAAUCUCAAAACACCACUGCCAACAAUAUGCAAUCAAAUGAAGGUGGUCCUAGCAAUAAUCCACCCGAUCAAGGGCUCGUUUUACAGUCUCAAGUACUUAAUCAAGGGCAGCAACAGCCUCGUCAGCAGCUUCUAUCUCAGACUAUUCAAAAUAAUGGUGCACCUCAGCCUAACUUUCCAUCGGUAUCGAAUCUAUCCCAGAUCCCCAACCAGAAGAUUGGCCAAAAUUCCAACACACAUCAACCUGGGCAAAAUUCUGCGAGUAAUGCUAUUGGCCAGAAUUCCAAUGUACAGGGUAUGUUUCCUGGUUCUCAGAGACAAAUGCUAGGAAGGCAGCAGGUUGUUCCCCAACAGCAACAGCAGCAGGUUGUUCACCAACAGCAACCACACAAUCCACAACAGAUUCUUUACCAACAGCAGCUUCUUAAGCGCAAGUUCCAACUGACGCAACAACAACAGAACCUUCUGCAACCAAAUCAAUUGCAAUCUUCUCAGCAAUCUGUUAUGCAAACGUCAUCGGCUAUGCAGCCUUCUUCCAUGAUGCAAACAACUCUAUCUUCUAGCCUUCCACAGAAUCAGCAGUCUAACAAUGUUCAACAGUCAACACAGUCCAGGCUUCAGCAACAUUCCCAAAUUAUCAGGCAGCAACAGAAUUCUAUUGCUCAUCAGCAACAAACACCAAUGACUCAACAGCCAAACUUGCAUGUACAACAGCAGCAGCAGCUUGUAGGGCCUCAGUCAAACACAACGAAUGGGCAACAUGCUCAGAUGCUUGGGCCACAGAGCAAUGUCGAUGACACACAGAAAUCCCAGAGGUUACAUCCACAACAGAAUAAUCUCAUGAACCUGCAACAGCGACAGCAACAACAACAGUUACUGAAUCAGCAGAACAAUCUAACAAAUAUAAAUCAACAGUCAGGAAAUAAUGUACCAGGGUUACAACAGCAACAACUGUUUGGAACUGAGUCUGGCAACCAAGGCAUCCAAACAAGCAAUCAUUCUGCACACAUGCUGCAACAAUCAAAGGUUUCAAUGCAGCAACAAUUGCAACAAAAUGCAUCAAAAUUGUUGCCAUCUCAGUCACAGCAGUCCCAGACACAGGCUUCACAGCAGCAAUUAAUGUCGCAGAUUCACAACCAUCCUGCACAGAUGCAGCAGCCAAAUCCCCUGCAACGAGAUAUGCAGCAAAAACUCCAAGCAUCAGGGUCCUUACUUCAACAGCAAAGUGUUCUCGAUCAGCAAAAACAACUAUAUCAAUCUCAAAGAGGUCUUCCAGAAACAUCAACAACUUCUGUGGAUUCUACCAUUCAGACUGCACAACCAAGUGGAGCUGAUGGGCAAGAAGAAGUUUACCAAAAGCUGCAAACCCUGAAAGAAAAUUACUUGUCAGAUAUAAAUGAAAUAUACCAGAAAGUUUCUCUAAAACUUCAGCAGCACCACUCUAUUCCUCGACAGUCAGAGCCAGAUCAGGUUGAAAAGAUAAGGCAAUAUAAAAUUAUGGUGGAACGCUUAAUAGCAUUCCUACAGCUUCCCAAGCAAAAAAUUACGCCUGCUAUUAAGGAAAAAUUUGGAACAUAUGAAAAGCAGCUAGUAAGUACCAUAAAUUCAGUUAGGCCAAGGAGAGGCAUCUCUUCACUGCAAUCAGGACAGCUUCCCCCAACUCAUAUGCCUUCGAUGCCACAGUCACAAUCCCAAGUUACUCCAGUACAGUCUCGUGAAAAUCAAAUGAACUCUCAGAUGCAGCCAUCAAAUUUACAAGGUUCUGCAGCAACGAUACAGCAGAACAAUGUUGCGAGCUUGCACCACAAUUCUAUGUCUGGUUUAGCAACAACACAACAAAAUAUGUUGAAUACAAUUCAACCAAGUAAUAAUUUAGAUUCUGGACAAGGAAAUUCUGUGAACUCUCUGCAACAGGUUCCAAUUAGCUCCCGUCAACAAAACACUGUUAGUACUCCUCAACAUACCAACAUCAAUUCAUUACAGUCACAAGGUGGGGUAAAUGUGAUCCAACCAAAUCUAAAUACCCACCAGUCAGGUUCCACUAUGUUUCAGCACCAGCAGGAACAGAAGAUGCUGCAGAAUCAUCAGCUCAAACAACAAUAUCAGCAACGUCAAUUGAUGCAGAGGCAGCAGCAGCUACAUCAGCCUGCAAAGCAACAGCUGUCUGGACAACUUCAGACACAUCAAAUGCCUCAGAUUAACCAAAUGAAUGAUAUAAAUGAUAUGAAAAUGCGACAAGGAAUCGGUGUUAAGCCAGGGGUAUUUCAGCAACACCUUAACUCAGGUCAAAACUCAGCCUAUUCCCAUCAACAGUCGAAACAAGGGAGUCCAUUUCAGGUUUCUUCACCCCAACUCUUUCAGGCUGCGUCUCCUCAAAUUCCACAACAUUCAUCUCCCCAAAUUGACCAACAAACUCAUCUCCAGUCUCUAACAAAAGUUACAACUCCUCUGCAAUCUUCUAAUUCACCUUUUGGGGUCCCUACUCCUUCACCUCCCAUGGCUCUAUCUCCUAUGCUAGGAGACUCUGAGAAGCCCAUUCCUGGCGUUUCAUCAUCAAAUGCUGCCAAUGUUGGACAACAUACAGGGGGUGCAGCAGCACCAGCUCAAUCCCUUGCCAUUGGGACUCCUGGGAUAUCAGCCUCUCCUUUAUUGGCAGAAUUCAGUGGUCCAGAUGCGUAUUGUAAUACUUUAGCAGCUGCUUCUGGGAAGUCAACUGCAGAGAAACCUAUUGAUCGUCUAAUCAGAGCGGUUCAAUCAAUGUCAACUGAAACAUUAACUGCGGCUGUCAAUGAUAUUAGUUCAGUUGUCAGCAUGAGUGAUAUGAUAGCAGGAGCAGCUCCAGGUAAUGGAUCAAGAGCAGCUGUUGGCGAGGAUUUGGUUUCCAUGACUAAUUGUCGUCUUCAGGCUAGAAAUUUUAUUACUCAAGAUGGUACUAGUGGAAUCAGGAAGAUAAAGCGCUACACCAGUGCUAGACCGUUGAAUGUUGUGUCAUCUGCUGGAAGCAAGAAUGAUAGUACCAACCAGUUAUCUGCUUCAGAGGCUUCUCAGCAGGAAUCAACUGCAACAUCCAAUGUCAAGAAGCCAAAGGCUGAGGUUAAUCACGCCCUUUUGGAAGAAAUACAGCAAAUUAAUUGGCGACUUAUCGACACUGUAGUAGACAUAAGUGAUGAAAAUGUUGGUUCAACUGCAGUUUCUGCAGCUGAAAUGGCAGAAGGGACCGUGGUCAAAUGUUCUUUUGUUCCGGUGGCUCUCAGUCCAACUUUAAAAUCUCAAUAUGCUUCACUACAGUCACCUAUUCAGCCCCUGCGUUUGCUGGUUCCUCCAAAUUAUCCUAAUUGUUCUCCCAUAUUCCUAGACAAGUUUCCAGUUAAAUCCCGUGAGGGGAAUGAAGAUCUUUCAGAGAAAGCAAAAUCAAAGUUUAGCACAUCCUUGCGUAAUUUAUCACAUCCUAUGUCCCUUAAGGAUGUAGCAAAGACUUGGGAUACUUCUGCUCGCGGUGUUAUUUCUGAGUAUGCACAACAAUUUGGCGGAGGAACAUUCAGCUCUAAGUAUGGAGCUUGGGAGUAUGGAACUUGGGAGGAUAUCUUGGCUGCAUAAUGAUUCUUGCACUUUCUAUGCCAGACCAUUUUGUUUUGGCCAAUGAUGUUUCAAACUUUUUUUUUUUUUUUAAAUAUGAGCUUUGAUUUAUUUGAUGUAGAUAAAAGCGAGUUAGAAUCCUCUCCAUUUCUUAAAUGAAUAGAGGGCUCCAUUUAUCAAAA